AUGCAUAAUUGGGGUGGAUAUCAGCCAAAUUCAGCGAGCUCAAAUUUGAGCUCGAGUUAUAAUAACUCAAUGCCUUCUACUAGUAUCGAAACUACUCACAAUUAUUUUUGUCAUAGUGUGAAUUCGUCGAAUGGUGAUUUUUCACCACAUUUGGAUCAUUCAGCGUUGUGAGUUUUGAAAAAAAAACAAAAAAAAACAUUUAAAAAUUUUUCGGGCAUGGGGGACCGAACCUGCAAAAGCACCCGCCUAUGAGUUGAAAAUCCAGCGCGCUACCACUGAGCUAAGCGCGCACACUAUUUACCCACAAUGGUGUUUUGUUUAUGUUGAGGUCGCGGUUUUUUUUUAAAUAUUUUAUUUCUCACGAAACAAUCCGGUUCAAAAUACGAAAAGUUUCGAAAUAUCCAAUAUUUCGCAACCUUUUCUUCUCAUUUCGAAAAUAUAACAUUAUUAUUAUUAAAAAUCAUUGAUUUUUUCUGAAAAUCAAUUUUUUUUUGAAAACCAAAAACAUUUUCUUAUCAAAAAAUGUUUUAUGCUUAUUUUAUAGAAUACCUAACACUUUACGGUUUUUUUUUGGAAUUUUUCGAAAUUUUUGUUGAAAAAAAGACGAUUUUCCUGCGGGUUACUGUAGAUUUUAUUUGAUUAGAGGGAAAAAGAAGAAACUUGAUUUAUUAUGGGGUGACAAAAAAUAAUUGUUUUUUUUUAAUUGGUUGGGGGUACUGUAGAUAAUAGGUGAACUGUACUUUAGUAAAAUCCACGUGGCUUAAUUUCAGGUGGAAUUUUUAAUAUUUUGAUUCCACAAAAUUCCAAAAAAUAUUUUUUGUAUUUGAAAUUUCUUUCUGAGUACAAAAAAACGUCUAGAAAUUUGUAUUUUUAAUUUUUUUUAAAUUUCAAAUUUCGUGCAAAAAAUCCACUUUUCAGAAAAUUUGAAAUCAUUUUUCAGAAAAAAUUUAACAUACAUUUUUUUAUAGAAAUCCACGUGUCAUUUUUUAAACUUUUCUCUGAACUUUUUUUUUUCAAAUUUUUGGUCCUGUUUUUCAGAAUGAGUCUUGAGCCCUGAUUUCCGGGGCCCCAAAAUCCACGUGUCAUUUUUGCUCAGGGCCUUUCUGAAAAUUCUGAAAUUUUCUAUCAUAAAAACUCCACGUGUCAAAAUUCUAUUUCAAAAUUUUCUUGGCCUUCAAAUUUUCCAUCAGAAAUCCACGUGUCAUUUUUUAACUGGGCCUCAAAGUUAAGAUAACUAUUUCUAUUUUUUUCAGAUUUUUUUAAAAUUCUGAAAUUUUCUAUCAAAAAAUUAUAUUUUUUAAAAUGAGCAAUCAUUUUUGAAUUCUGUGCCUCAAAAUCCACGUGUCAUUUUUGGAGUUCUGAAAUUUCGAGCAACUUUUUCAGAAAAAAAAAUCCACGUGUCAUCAACAAAAAUAUUCCGAUUCAAAAUUCAAAAUUCAAAAUUCUGAACUUUUUUUUUGAGAUUCUGUCAGAUCUAGACAAAGGGUACUGUACCUACAGUAUUCCCGGGUUACUGUAGAUCGGUUCAAGAUCCAAGAUAUUUCGGGAUACUGUAGUUAGUCACCUACAGUAAUCCGAGCGCUUUUAGCGCGAGUGUAGAUCAAAAUUCCUCGAACGAAAAUCCACGUGUCAUUUCUAAAUUCAGAAAAAAAUUCCAAUCAUUCCACCAAAUCAGCCAAAAAUAACUUCAAAAUCAUAAAAUCUUUUUCUUUUUUUCCCUCUCAUUCUUAACAACAGGCCGCGCCUGUAAAACCAAACAUAAAAGAAAAAGCAGAGGGGAGAAAAAACGGCGCCGUUUUUUCUGCUGCUGCUUCUCAAAAAAAAGGCGCGGGACACUUUUUUUGGUUGUGAUUCAUCCCGCACAAGCGAAAAAAAGGACACAUACAUACGAAAAAAAAUAUACACAUUCUCCAUUUUUUUGUUCGAGAAAAAACCCGCUCUUUUGUCUAGCUGGUCACUGAUUUUUUCCCAAAAAUUCCUAAAUUUCCCCUCAAAAAUGUAUCGGAAUUCGCCGUUUCCGACGAAUUUUUUCGAUUUUGCUGCCGCUUCUUCUGCUGCCAAUCCACAUUUUGGCUCGGCGAGUUAUUCGAACUCGCAAAUUAUGAGCCAGUAUUAUGAACAGUGGGUUUUUCGAAUUUUCUUUUUUUGCGCGCCAAAAACAUUAGGGUUACUGUAGCGUUUAAAAUAGAGGGAAAAUGACGCGUGGAUUUUUCGAGGUCUCAGGGUUACUGUAGAGGGUUUUUGGCGCGAAAAAUGACACGUGGAUUUUUUGAGGGUUCAGGGUUACUGUAGAGUUUUCGGCGUGAAAAAAUGACACGUGGAUUUCUGAGAAACAACAGUAACCCGAACUGCAAAAAACUAAACUUUGUUGUUCGGAUACUGUAGGUAUUGGUUUUUUUUUAAUUCUCAAAAGCGUCACAGUUGGGAGGUACAGUAAUCCAAACUGCAAAAAAUGUGAAGAUUUUUGUAGUCCAGGUUACUGUAGAGAAUGUAACAGCCUCAGAAGGUUACUGUACCUUUCAAAUUUUUUUUAUUCUGAAGUACAGUAAUCCAAACUGAAGGCUCAAAAAUAACAACAUUCUUGCAUUCCGGGUUACGGUAGUGACUUCAGGAGUUCCAAAUUUCAUAAAUACACAAAAAUAUCAUACCACGUGGCUCCCAGGGUCCCCAAAAUCCACAGUAAUCUCUCCCAAACCUCCUAGAUUCACAUUUAUUUUACAGAAUGUCAAUGGAUGAUCAGGAGCGCAAAAAAUUGGACAGAAAACGGGCCAGAAAUCGACAGGCGGCCACAAAAUGUCGACAAAAAAAGAUGGAUCGAAUUCGCGAAUUGGAAGAACAGGUACGGUAUUUGUUUAAAGGGAGGGAGGGGUACAGUAAUCCAAACUGCAAAAAAUUUGAAUAUUUUUGUAGUUCGGGUUACUGUAGGUAUUGUGUUUUUGAUCUAGAAAAAACUAGUUUUCGUUGAGAAAUACCGUAAUCUUGAAAUGUGUGAAUACAGUAACCCAAACUGCAAAAAAUUUGAAAAUUUUUGUAGUCCAGGUUACUGUAGGUAUUGUGUUUUAUUGAUCUAUUCACUUGAGGUACAGUAACCCGAACUGCAAAAAAAAUGUGAUGACUUUUGUAGUCCGAUAUACUGUAGCUGACUUUUUCAAAUUCUCAGAAAUCAGAUAUUUCAGAAGUACAGUAACCCGAACUGCAAAACAAUUUCCAUCUUCAGAGCCCUUGCAGUUCGGGUUACUGUAGAUAUUGAUUAUUUGUGAGUCUAGAUUGAAAUUUAAGGUAAACUUGGGGGUUUUGCAGUUCGAGUUACUGUAUUUGCAUUAAAUUAUAGUGUUUCUAGAUCAAAAUUUCCCGAAAAAUCCAAAAUUUCUAGUUACAGUACUCCUAAAUCAAUAAAUUUUCAGGUAUCAUCAGAAAAAGCGCGGUCAGCUCGUCUCAACAACGAAUUAAGUCAACUCCAAAGUGUCCUCAACGCCUAUCGAGAUGCCGUGACAACACAUCAAAAUCGUGGAUGUCGAGCCAGUUAA